ACAUUUUGUCAGUUCGGCGAGCGAUUACGGUGUCAGUAGAAGAGCUUCCGAGGAACCGUCCGACAGUCGGGCGUUUAAGCUGCUCUUUCUCGCUUAAAAUCCCCUAAAUUUCGACCUGAGAACAACUAAAAGAAGAUACGAACUAGAUUAUACGUGUCGUAAAAGAAAGGAUUGAAUCCAAACACAGAGCUGUGUUCUUUCUUCUGUCGUGUCGCCUUUCUUCCUCCUUCCUGUUUCUUUUGUUUAUGUCCUGUAGUGUUCUGCUGUACGGCGGAGAAUACAUCACUGACCGUGAAUAAACGAUAGAGUGAAACGAGAUAAACGAAAGACAGAAAGAAAAAAUAUUGAGGCCAUUUCGUCUUUUUCAUCCGUCUACACGUCUGUAGUGUCCAGCUGGACCAGGAGCGAGAGUCUAAUGCCCCCGGAGGAUGAGCCCAGCCAUCGAGGGGAUGCAGACAGAGCCGCAGGGGUAUUUGGGGAAAGGGGUGCUCCUUGAGCCCUUUGUGCACCAGGUGGGGGGACACUCGUGUGUGCUCCGCUUCGGGGAGCAGACGAUAUGCAAGCCCCUCAUCCCCCGGGAGCACCAGUUUUACAGGAGCCUCCCUGCGGCUAUGCGGAAGUUUACACCGCAAUAUAGAGGUGUGGUGUCGGUGAGUUUCGAGGAGGAUGAGGAAGGAAAUUUGUGUCUUAUUGCGUACCCUCUGCACAGUGAGCUUGGGGACUUGGAGAACGUGGACCCCUCGGCAGACCUGGAACCCAAUAACAAAAUAAAAUGGGUCAGUAAGAUGCUGCUGGACAAUGAGGGCUACAGCAAGGACCGGUCCAGACACGCUCGGAAGGAUAAGGACAAGAGUGUCAAACGCGAGGAGGAGCUGGAGUGGCUCAAGCAGGCCGAGGUGUUCUACUACAGCCUGGAAAGGAGCAAUGCUGCCGGCCCUCAGCUCAAGCACAACCCCUGGAGCCUCAAGUGCCACCAACAACAACUGCAGAGGAUGAAGGAUAAUGCAAAACACCGCAAUCAAUACAAAUUCAUCCUGUUGGAGAACCUGACAUGGCGCUACACAGUUCCAUGUGUGCUUGAUCUGAAGAUGGGCACGAGGCAGCACGGGGACGACGCAUCUGAAGAGAAGAAGGCUGUCCAGAUCCGCAAGUGUCAGCAGAGUACAUCCGCCAGCAUCGGAGUGCGCCUCUGCGGCAUGCAGGUCUACCAUUCAGACACAGGGCAGCUCAUGUUCAUGAACAAGUACCAUGGCCGUAAGCUGACCCUGUCUGGCUUCAAAGAGGCCAUCUUUCAGUUCUUCCAUGACGGGAGGCGCCUAAGACGCGAGCUCCUGUCGCCGGUGCUGCGGAGGCUGCGAGACAUGCAGGCGGCCCUGGAGGCCUGCGAAAGCUACCGCUUUUACUCCAGCUCGCUCUUGAUAAUAUACGACGGAGACCCUCCGCGAUCACGCCACUCCGCAGAGGAUGGCCUUUCGGAAGAGGAGGAGGAAGACGACGAUGAAGAAGAAGAGGAGGAAGAGGAGGAGGAAGAAGAAGAGGAGGGUGGUGCUUUUGGAUUCCCUCACGACGCAGGUGCGGCCAGCAGCAGUAGCAACAGCGGUGCUUGUGGCGGCACCAGCAGCUCUGCUGUGGUGCGACGCAUGGCCAGACCAGACAGCGGCCCGGUGGUGGACGUUCGCAUGAUUGACUUUGCUCACACCACGUGUCGGCACUAUGGCGAGGACAGUGUAGUCCACGAGGGCCAGGAUAGCGGUUACAUCUUCGGAUUGGAGAACCUCAUCACCAUCAUUUCGCAACUAGAGGACCACAGCACAGAUUAGACCCCAGCUUCGUUCAAACCAGCAUGGUGUUCUAAUGGGAAAAUGUUUCUUUCUCUUUCUCUUCCUCAUUCUUUCAAUCACUUGAGACGUUCAGCUCAGUAAAAUCUCAAAGCUCCACCUGUUCAGUUGUUUUUUGUGUUGUAGAGGUUUAAAAAGGGUCAAGAAGCUAACGUCAAGUCGUCACACGAUCUGCUUCCUCCAUGUUUAGUAGCUUUACUCACUUCCCCCGAUGUACUUUUACAAGGUUGCUGCUGUUCCCCUUUGCGUUCUAUUUAUUGAGGAACGGUUAUUUACCGAAAAGGACCUGAUUUCGUUCCCGUCCUCAUUCCUUGAGAAGGUUCUAGAACUUUGAUUAGCUUCUGAGUGCUCAUUGUUGGAUGGUGGUGAAAAGAAAGACUGUUAACGCUCUACAGCACCCUCCCCUUACACCUUUACCCAUCGUGCAGAGACAACUAUAUUCAGAUAGUUAGUUGACAUACAGAGACUAUAAUAAAGCUUUAUUUAUUUGUCAUAUUUCCUAAAUAAACUAAAAAGAAAAAACAUUGAAAAAGUGAAUGGAGCUUCGAAAACUACAUUCCAUGUUAUUAAUGUUACAAUAAUGAUAUUAAUAAAUAUUAUUAUUUGACAUGUUCAGAUACCUCUAUCUUAUAUCUGUUGUACACGGUAUGUUGGAGGAAAAAUAAAACUUGUUUGUGUUAAA